AUGGAAAUCAACAGUGGAAUCUCCGUAUUUCCGCCACCUAUUUCUAUCUCAUCAUCAAAACUCGCAUUCUUCGUGGUCGCUCAUCUACAAGUAUGGUCCGGUAGAAGUCGUGGCUCACUACGAUGUGCAAUCUGGGGACUUACACGAUCUCUAGGUUCUUACUUGUCGUCUUUCCUAACCAAAACAUUCGAGACAGACAAUGAAAAGGUCAGAGUCCUGGCUUACACCAACGUUGGAUUGAUUUUGAUUGGUUUGGGAUCUGACUUGAAGAAUCCAACUUACUACGUGGCUAAUCCGAUUUCACAACAAUGUGUGAAAAUCCCACCUCGGCCUCUUCGUCCUCUAGGUCAACAAGAGGAAUGUUUCAGACCUGGACUCGUCACACGCAUUGAAAAAGACGUCCUUUUAAGUUACAAAAUUGUGUUGAUGGAUAGGACUAACAUCAGAACAGGUGUCUUAAGUUUAGUCGUAUAUUCAUCUGAGACAGGCUUGUGGAGUUUCAACACUCUCCAGAGUCAUCCCCAGUUGCACUCUAUGACUUACAUCGAUCCCAUUACCUUGAACGGAAACAUUUACUGGAUGGGAUUCAACCUUGACGUUGGUGAGUUGCUUGUAUCCCAUGAUCUAUACUCAGAAUCUGAUCAAUGCCGAGUUAUACUUUUCCCUAAUGAUGGAACAGGCAAGAAAUUUCCAAGAAAUUGCACUAUAUCUCAAGAUUUCCUCAUUUAUAUGAACAUGGUCUAUGAAAACCGUGCCUAUAAAUUACGUGUGUGGAGGCUAAAGAGCGGUGAAUGGCAAUUAGUUUCUGAAAUCCCCUCGGUGACCAGUUUGGAUUAUUUUCCCUUAGGCAUAAACCCUUUUCAUGGUGAUAUAAUGUACAUGUGGAGCAAGAUGGAUAGACAUUUUUCAUCUAUUAACUUGUACAAGGGACAGAUUGGGCGGCACAAUAACUUGGAACGUAGCAGCCACGGUCGCACUCUUCGCUUUGCCAGAGAGUGGGAUCCAGAUGAGGACAGAAUCUAUAUACCCUUCAUUUCGAGGUUUCUUCUUCCCCGCUGGCUGCAUCCGAUCCCUUCCUCGCCUUCAUGA